GCGAAGCCUCUUCACGAGCGUAGACGAUCUUCGUUUCAAACAUGGCAGCGAGCAUGUGAAUGUCAUGCCAUUAAUCCACUAUGCAUUGGUUCAUGUCUGAGUGCGAUUAGCCGUACGUGAUAAACUGACAUGUGAAGUGAAUCUUACGGGACUGCGCCUUUAUUCACCUCAGACAUUUAAGAAUCGAGAAACUCUAACGUAGUUAAAUCAUUAGCUUUAUCAUCUCUCAUGUUAGCAUUUUAGCUAACUAGUCGACAGCUUCAGACGGAAUCGCGAUGGAUCCUGACCAACAACUGAGAAACCUGCGGGAUUUCCUCCUGGUUUACAACCGCAUGACUGAGAUCUGCUUCCAGCGAUGCACCAGCAACUUCAACUACAGAAACCUCACCAUGGACGAGGAGCGCUGUGUGGACAGCUGUGCGGGGAAGCUGAUUCGCUCUAACCACCGUCUCAUGGGCACCUAUGUGCAGCUGAUGCCUCGGAUGGUGCAGCGCCGGAUGGAGGAGAUGGAGAACAAGGCUGCGGCAGCAGAGGCAGCUGCUUCUGCGUCUACCGGGCCAGCAUCUCAGAGCCCAGUCACCUCACCUCCACCCCCACAGAUACCAUCGCUGAUUCCCCCUUUAGCGACUGAUGUUGGACCAGAGGCUCACGGCUCAGUCUUAAAGCCAGGUGGAUUAGAUAUUCCAGUCGAGUUGAAUGCUGCUGUAACCAAACCCACAACAGCCACGGAAAUCAAAUUAUCAGCUGCCACACCACUCACACCUGCAGCUGAAACUGUAAAUCCUUCAGUACCUAAUACAGCUGGCAAUGGACCAUCUUAUACAACAGGCUGUGUACAGCCGCCCAUAGCCGGUGCCCAAACUGAGUCUGGGAGCUCAGCGCUUGUGUUUGUGCCACCUAAACCAACCUCCUUAUCAGAGGAUGUGUCUGUGUCAACAGUCGCUGCACCUACAGUGUCACAAUCUGCAGAGCGCCUGUCAGGCCAAGAGAGGGCUCCAUAGGUUCUCUGUCAGGCCAGUAAUAUUCUGGGUCGGGUCUCAGGUGGUCAAACUGUUAGCGACAUGGCCCCAUCACAGGCAGUCCCCAGUGUGAUGCUGUUCUCUGUAUUGCUUAAAAGAAUAGUCAGCAACUUGAAGACCUCACUUUAGACUCUGGUAACUUGUGAUGGGUGAAAUCCCAGGUGUUCAACCGCUGUGUUGUUUUGCGUAUAUAAGUGUGUAUGUGCAGGAGCUCCACAGUGAUCAGUGUCUAGUCUGCAGACCUGGAUUGUGGAGGCCUGAUCACAUUUGGACUGAAAUUUGGACCUUCAGAAUCCUGAACGGCUCAGUCUGAUAAUUCCCCAAACACACUCAGUCCUGAUACUUAUUUUGUAAGUUGACAAAGCAACAGCAAAAAUGAUAAUUAUUAAUAAUAAACAUACAAGUACUCAUUA